AUGGACCUCUCACCCUCUGAAGACGCUGCCCGCCGCGGCAUGCUUGAAGACGCCAUGUUCCCAGCUUUUGGCAACGAUGCCAGCAGCCCUAGCGUAGAGUCGCCCGAGCAGAUGCAGAAGAACGAUCCGCUCGGCACGCAGAUUUGGAAGUUGUAUUCGCGCGCAAAGACGCAGCUGCCCAAUGCAGAGCGCAUGGAGAAUCUCACAUGGCGAAUGAUGGCCAUGAACAUGCGACGAGCCGAGCUCGAUCGCAAUAAAGGAAAUGCUCCAAACAGCCAGAGCAACGGCUUGAUGCCGCCGCCCAGCGCGAGUGCCAGGCCUCCGCCCAGGACCGCACCCAGCGGCAUUGCCCAGCAGCUGAGAAAGUCGUCGGAGCAGCAGGCGCAGGUACCACAGGCGCAUUCACACGCGCAGUCACAGGCCCACUCCGACACUAUGAACCUAGACGACUUUAUAUUUCCUUCGUCAGUCGGUAGUCCUGCGGGCCUCUCGCCAGAACCGUCGAAUGAUACGCCUGGUCCAUUUCAUGCAACAGCCCCAGCAAUCCCGAUAAGAAAGCCUAAUCAGGGUAGCGACCAAGAUAUCUCCCUCGCCCGCGCAUCUGCUCCUUCGGUCCCUCCCCUGAUCAACAGAGAGAAUGAGUUCGCCUACGUUCCUCGCCACGUUCGCAAGACCAGCAUUGACGAGCGACGACCACCCAAGCGGCGCGCUGAGGCCUCUCCACUGGUCCCUCCCGUCAACAGCAUCAUGAUCCCCACCGACGCCCAGUCCGAAGCCGACCUGAACCAGUACUCGCUCGACCACCCGAUGCACCCGCCCACCUUCCCGGCCUCGCAGGCCUCGCAGGCCCAGGUGCCCUUCUCCAUAGACACAUUCCAGAUGCACGAGGACCCCAUCAUCAACUCGGCUGGCCCAUUCCAGCAGAACUUCGCCUUCUCGCCCGUCGGCUCGCCCAUGAUGAACAACCACAAUGCCUCCUACACCAACAUGUUCAACCCCAACUCCAUGGCCUCGUCCCUCAACUCGACCGACUACUACUCUCCGCCGAGCUCCGCUUUCCCCUCUGCUGUCUCGACGCCACAGCCAUUGCCCGACGACAGCCAGAUGUACUUCGAUCGCACUGGCAUGGACAUUCGGGGUCCCCACGGGGGCUCCUCGUACGGCCCCCACCGCCCCUCCAACCUCUCCACAUCCAUGCAGCCACAGUUCGUAUUCAACCCUAGUGGUCAAGACUCUGUGUUCAGCCCAGUCACAAGCACAAGCUCGUCGUUGCCGUUCUCAGCACCCUCGUUCGGGCACUCCAACCACGUCGACCCGAACCAGGUGAUCCACAACAACCUGCCUCUACGACAGCAACAUGAGCUGCAGAUGCAGCGACAAGAAAAUAUGUUCACGUUUGGCGCAGACUCGGACAACGAGGACGAAGAGGGCGGCGCUUUUGCAGACCGCACUAUGCCAAACCCAGACUAUUCGCCCAUGGAUGACGGCAGCAUGGACUUCACCGCUGGUUUCCAGUGGGAGACCAACCUCUCCAACCAGUUCAAUCCGAUGCAAGCGCGAUACCCGGCAGGACCCCCACGCAAGACCGUCACCAUUGGAGGGGCCGAAAUGGUGUCCUCACCGCAAGACCACUGGAGCUCCGGGGGCAGCCUUGGACGGACACACGGCUCAGCUGCCUCAGUGAGCGAUAUUCGCAAUCGUGGGAAUGAUCCCCGACGCCAGAAGAUACCCCGCACUAGCUCGACACCCAAUGCAGCCGGAAUGGUGCAUGCAGGGAUGCACGGCCGCCCGCAAUCCUCACCAAACUCACCACCAGAGUCAGGCUUCAAUUCUGCAGCGCCCUCGCGGCCUCAGAGCCCGGGUGGCACCAAGCAGGGCGAAGGCAGUGCACCUACAACUUGCACCAAUUGCUUUACCCAAACUACGCCAUUGUGGCGCCGCAAUCCCGAAGGUCACCCGCUUUGUAACGCAUGUGGUCUAUUCUUGAAGCUGCACGGCGUCGUGCGUCCUCUGUCUUUGAAGACUGAUGUCAUCAAGAAGCGCAAUCGAGGCAGUGGCAAUGCCCCAGUCGGCUCAGCUGCGACACGGUCAUCAAAGAAGCCAUCCCGCAAGAAUUCGAUCGCGCAAACACCGGCCACGACACCAACGUCGCAUAAGGCGGCCGAUUCCGAAUCCCCCAAAUCCACAGGCUCCAUAGGUGAAAGACCUAACACGGCUGUCUCAGUAGCUUCCAGUGCGCCGAACUCGAAGACUGGUGGUGUAGUCCCGAUUGCCCCUGGCCCACCCAAGCCCGGUAACACAACGACUGCCCCGCAGCUUCGUGGAGGAAAUGUGGCGCCACGACGCGCUCGUGCCCAAAGUAAGAGCGGAUCGCAAGAGCUAGAAAUGGCUGAUGCGGAUGAUACAAACGGGCGUGCUCCUCCACUGCGCAGGAAGGAUACAGCAAUUGCCACACCCAGCGCAUUUCCUAGUCAGAACCUUGGCUCUCUGCCCAUGGGUGCCAUGGGCCAGGGCUUGCAGUCUUCUGGACCCGCAGAAUGGGAAUGGCUGACGAUGAGCUUGUAAGCUCCAGACAGCCUUGACGACUUCAAAUCAUGUCAUGGUCGAUUUCCGGCGUUCGGAGUCAUUUACCGACAAGCGCUUAGGUGUAUGGGUUGAUUGAAUCCAUGUGCUUCUCCUUUCCCUUCUGUCCAGUUUUCGAUACCUCGUUACCCGUCACACGCUUCGGCUAAGAUAGACAAGGGUCGCUAUUUAUUAUCGCAUUACUCGAUCGAAUUGCUUUUGUCGCUGGAUGGAGGAGGCAGGCGCUCCAUCGAGCUACACAUGGCACUAAUAUGUCACUCGAGGGCACGAGCAUGCGAGUCGAGAACUCGGGGCCUCUGAUCGAUCUCCUCGCAUGUCGUCCAGUCUCGAGCGAUUUCGGUUACUGCAUGAGCUUACGAGAAGAUACCGUUGGAUGCAUACAGAGGUGGCUGCGCGUUCUGUCUAUGGUCCAUCUGCUUUACGAUGUUUUUUUUUUCUUUGGAACGCGCAACUGCAAGGCGUUCACCUAAUUACGGUAUGGCCAGGGAUGGAUAUGUUACGUGGUGAUUUCCCGCAUAUACGUGUGUACAUAGAGGGUUUGCGUGCGUCGAUUUUGUGAUAUCCUGAUGAACCUGUAUUGAUCCAAUGAUGGAUCCGAUGAGCAAAUGCUAUUCUUUAAAUUCA